UAAUUGAUAAUUUUCCAUUCAGAGCAGGGGCAGCAUUUAUGAUUUAGUUGUUUGGUGAUUGUUGUUUUAUGUUUCAUCAGUCAUCACUAGCUGCCCAAUACUCUUCAAAGAAUUUUUUGUUAUAUAAGGCAUAUAUGUUCUUUCCAUUUUCUCUUAUUCUUCACGUAACAGCCCAGUUUUUGUAAUUGGCCAGAAAUAAUGGAGAUAGAGGCGGCAAGCAGUAGUUAUAGCACUAAAACUGAUAGUCUUAGCACCAAUGGUGCUGCAGGUGGUGGUGCUGGUAGUGGCAAUAUCAGUUAUCAGAAUAAUGAGGGCCUUGGCCGUGGAGAUGAAAGAGGGACAUAUUUGGUUUGGGAGAAUUUAACUGUGGUUUUGCCAAAAUUUGGAAAUGGACCCACGAAGAGGUUGCUUCAAGGGCUUAGUGGGUUUGCUGAACCUGGAAAAAUUAUGGCCAUUAUGGGUCCUUCUGGGUCUGGAAAAUCCACCCUUCUCGAUUCACUUGCAGGUAGACUCUCCAGAAAUGUCAUAAUGACUGGAAAUGUUCUUUUUAAUGGAAAGAAGAAGAGGUCGAAUGCUGGUGUUGCUUACGUAACACAAGAGGAUGUAUUGUUAGGAACUCUUACAGUGAGAGAAACCAUUACUUAUUCGGCAAAUUUGAGGUUUCCAACUUCCAUGACCAAAGAAGAGAUUGCUGAUGUUGUAGAGAGUACAAUCAUGGAAAUGGGUCUGCAAGAUUGUGCUGAUCGUCUGAUUGGAAACUGGCAUUUGAGAGGCAUAAGUGGUGGUGAAAAGAAGAGACUAAGCGUUGCACUGGAAAUCCUCACAAGGCCGCGGCUCUUGUUUCUUGACGAACCUACCAGUGGCCUUGACAGUGCAUCGGCUUUCUUUGUAAUUCAAACUCUUAGAAAUAUAGCUCGUGAUGGAAGGACAGUUAUCUCUUCAAUUCACCAGCCAAGUAGUGAAGUAUUUGCACUCUUUGAUGAUCUUUUCCUACUAUCUGGAGGUGAAACUGUUUACUUUGGAGAUGCAAAGAUGGCUGUGGAGUUCUUUGCUGAAGCUGGUUUUCCAUGUCCAAGUAGAAGGAAUCCUUCUGAUCACUUCUUACGUUGUAUAAAUUCAGACUUUGAUACAGUAACUGCCACGCUAAAAGGAUCCCAGAGAAUUCGUGAUGUUCCAGCAUCAGCAGAUCCUUUGCUAAAUAUGGCAACGGCAGAGAUCAAAGCAAGACUUGCUGAGAAAUAUAGGCGCUCAAACUAUGCAGGAAGGGCAAAAGCCAGAAUUAAGGAAAUAUCAGCCAUUGAAGGACUUGAUAUUGAAACAGAAAGUGGAAGUGAGGCAAGUUGGUUGAAGCAACUUUCAACAUUGACCAAGAGAUCUUUUGUGAACAUGUCCAGAGAUGUGGGAUACUAUUGGGCAAGGAUAGCAAUCUACAUAAUUGUUUCUAUCUGUGUUGGUACUAUCUAUCAUGAUGUUGGAUAUGGCUAUACUGCAAUCUUGGCUAGGGUGGCCUGUGGUGGAUUUAUAACAGGCUUCAUGACAUUUAUGUCUAUUGGAGGCUUCCCAUCCUUUAUUGAAGAAAUGAAGAUCUUUUAUCGAGAAAAGCUUAAUGGAUAUUAUGGUGUUACAGUGUUUAUCCUCUCCAACUACUUCUCUUCUUUCCCGUUCUUGCUCGCAAUUGCGCUUUUAUCUGGGACUAUAUGUUUUUUCUUGGUGAAAUUUCGAUCGGGAUUUUCCCAUUAUGCAUUCUUCUGCCUCAAUAUUUUCGCUUGCAUUUCUGUUAUAGAGAGCCUGAUGAUGGUUGUAGCUUCUUUAGUUCCGAACUUCUUAACUGGACUUGUUACUGGGGCCGGAAUCAUUGGAAUCAUGAUGAUGACCUCUGGCUUUUUCCGGUUGCUGCCUGAUCUUCCCAAGCCAUUCUGGCGCUACCCGGUUUCUUAUAUCAAUUACGGAGCAUGGGGACUUCAGGGUGCCUACAAGAACGAUUUCCUAGGCCUGGAGUUUGAUGCUCUAGAGGGCGGGCCUAAACUGACUGGCGAAUUCAUCGUGACAAAUAUAUUUGGAGUUCCAUUAGAUCAUUCAAAAUGGUGGGAUUUAUCAGUUAUAUUUCUUAUUCUUCUAUGUUAUCGGAUUCUCUUCUUCGUGGUUCUCAAGUUCAAGGAGAGAGCUUCACCAAUAGUGAAGGACAUAUAUUCAAAGAGAACUUUGCAAAAACUUGAAAGGAGGCCUUCUUUCAGGAAGUUAACAUCUAUUACUUCCAUUUCCAAGAGGCACCAACCUCUCCAUUCUCUAUCUUCUCAAGAGGGUCUUAACUCUCCUCUCCACUAGAGGAAGCACUAAAGAUAAAAAGCAACCUUUGUUCUUAACAGUACAUUUUAUGUAACUUACUAUUAUUUGAAAUACAAUGAUACAAACAGAUAAAGAUGCAGAGAUUUGCUUGAAGCUUCUUAUUAUAGAAAAUAGCAUAAAUGAGAUUGAUUCUUGCAUACAUGAA